AUGGCAGCAGAUUAUUCAGGGUACUUGCAGAAAGCGGGUGGAAAGUUCUAUAAAAAGAACCGAACUCGGUACUUUGAGCUUCAUGGUGUAAUGUUAUACUACUGGAAGUCAAGACCCUCAAAGCCUAAUGAUGCACCUAUUGGUAGUCUUGAUCUUACUGAUGUUCGCUGUAUUGAGGAUGCAAAGGAACCAAGAUCUUGGACGAUAGAGGGUAAAAAUCUACCAAAGACCUACACCUUUACCGCUGACAGUGAACAGCAGAAGAAGACGUGGGUAAAGAAGAUGAUGAAUGUGAACACGGCGAAUACAGAGAGAUUAAAAACUUCAGGUCAAAGCAGUGAUGAAGAUGAAGCAGUGGCUGUAUACACUGGAGGGAAACCUAAAAUCUCAAUUGACGAUUUUGAACUUAUAGCAACAAUUGGGGAGGGAUCUUUUGGUCGUGUCUAUCAAGCACGUGAAAAAGGUACAGAUAACAUCUUUGCAAUAAAAGAAAUGAGGAAGGAAGUGGUUGAACGUGAAAAUAUGGUGGAACACAUUUCCGCUGAAAAAGUUAUUCUACAAAACAUAAGUCAUCCUUUUAUUGUAUCACUUCACUAUGCCUUUCAGACAAGUAGCUGCCUAUACCUUGUACUUGAAUUCCUUUCAGGUGGAGAAUUAUUUUAUCACCUUGGUAAUGUCAGGGUAUUUGAUGAAUACCGUGCUAAAUUUUACUGCGGAGAGAUAGGUCUAGCCAUUGGAUAUUUGCACAGUCGAAAUAUUAUUUACCGUGAUCUCAAACCAGAGAAUGCCGUACUUGACAAGGAUGGUCAUGUAUGUCUAACAGACUUUGGAUUGGCCAAAAUGGAUGUAAGUGAUGCGUGUAAUUUUACCUUCUGCGGUACACCAGAGUAUUUGGCACCAGAGUUUCUCCGGGCGAUGCCACACGGAAAAGCCGUUGACUGGUGGUCGCUUGGAAUUAUGCUUUACGAGAUGUUAGAAGGUAUUCCCCCAUUCUACAGUGAAAACACAAGCACCGUGUAUGAACAAAUCCUCACAGCAGAACUGAAGUUUGGGACUGGCAGUGAUGAUGAAGGGGAUUUACCAAAGAUAUCAGAAGAGGCACAAGAUUUGCUUCGCCGACUGCUAGAUCGAGAUCCAGAGACACGUCUGCAAGACUUAGAGGAGUUUAAAAGGCAUCCAUUUUUUCACGAUAUUGAUUGGGAUAAACUAACUCGGCGAAAGAUUGAACCACCAUUUCGGCCUAGCGGGAAUGCACUCUGCAACUUUGACACGAUGUUUACAUCGUUAGAGCCUCAGGUAAGUCGCCAUGAUGAUGACGACGGGGAGCACGCUAACAUUGCUGGUUUCACUUUCGAUGGGAGUGCAAAAGCUACAUAG